CUCACAAGAGGCUCGGCGGCGCCAGGCUCCGGUUGGGUGAAGUCGAUAAAGGGAAUUUAUUGAGCUGCAAUAUUAAGUGAAAUUGGCUCGUUAAACAGCUUUGGAUUAGCACAACUACCACAAUGAAUCUGGAGUUGCUCGAGUCGUUUGGGCAGAACUAUCCAGAGGAGGCAGAUGGAACUCUGGACUGCAUCAGCAUGGCCCUCACCUGCACCUUUAACCGCUGGGGCACCCUGCUGGCUGUGGGCUGUAACGAUGGGCGCAUUGUCAUCUGGGACUUCCUGACCAGAGGCAUCGCCAAGAUCAUCAGUGCACACAUCCACCCAGUCUGUUCAUUAUGUUGGAGUAGAGGGCACAAACUAGUGAGCGCAUCCACAGAUAACAUUGUGUCUCAGUGGGACGUCCUCACCGGGGACUGUGACCAGAGGUUUCGCUUCCCGUCCCCCAUCCUGAAGCUGCAAUACCACCCCCGAGACAUGGACAAGGUUCUGGUUUGUCCCAUGAAAUCAGCCCCCGUCUUAUUAACUCUGUCAGACUCCAAACAUGUGGUCCUUCCUGUGGAUGACGACUCUGACUUAAAUGUGGUGGCAGCGUUUGACAGGCGGGGCGAGUACAUCUACACUGGUAACGCCAAAGGAAAGAUUCUGGUGUUGAACACAAACACUCAGGAGCUGGUGGCUUCGUUCAGAGUGACCACUGGAACCAGUAACACCACUGCCAUCAAAUCCAUCGAAUUUGCACGCAAGGGCAGCUGUUUCCUCAUAAACACUGCAGAUCGGAUUAUUAGGGUUUAUGAUGGCAGAGAGAUACUGACCUGUGGCCGAGACGGUGAACCUGAGCCCAUGCAGAAACUACAGGACUUGGUCAACAGGACUCCAUGGAAGCGCUGCUGUUUCUCUGGUGAUGGCGAAUACAUCGUGGCUGGAUCGGCCCGGCAGCAUGCGCUCUACAUCUGGGAGAAGAGCAUCGGAAAUCUGGUCAAGAUCCUGCAUGGUACCAGAGGAGAGCUGCUGCUGGAUGUUGCUUGGCAUCCUGUCCGUCCCAUCAUCGCCUCCAUCUCCAGUGGGGUUGUGUCCAUCUGGGCUCAGAACCAAGUGGAAAACUGGAGUGCUUUUGCUCCAGACUUCAAAGAGCUAGAUGAGAAUGUGGAAUACGAAGAGCGAGAGUCUGAGUUUGACAUUGAGGACGAGGAUAAAAGUGAACCUGAGCAGACAGGUGCUGAUGCUGCUGAGGACGAGGAGGUUGAUGUUACCACUGUUGACCCCAUAGUUGCUUUUUGCAGCAGUGAUGAGGAGUUGGAGGACUACAAAGCCCUGCUGUACCUGCCCAUCGCCCCAGAGGUAGAGGACCCAGAGGAAAACCCCUUUGGCCCCCCUCCAGACGCCUCGGCCCAGGCGGGGGCUCUGGAGGAUGCAGCAGGUGGCGGAGACAAAAAGCAGAGGCAGCCAUCAUCUGAAGGAGGCCCUGCCAAGAAGAAGGCCCGCACUACCACUAUUGAACUGCAGGGGGUGCCGAGUGAUGAGGUACACCCCCUGCUGGGCGUGAAGGGGGACGGAAAAUCCAAGAAGAAGACAGCGGGGCGGCCCAAAGGCUCCAAAGGUAAAGACAAAGACUUCCCCUUCAGGCCUAAGCCCUACAUGGGCGACCGGCCCCCCUUUCCCAUGGACACCCUGGGCAGCUCAGGCCCAGGAGGAGGAGGAGGAGGAGGAGGAGGAGGAGGAGGGAUGAAGGCCAGGGCAGAGGGGGGCCUGGCCACAGGGAGUUUGAUGUCGCAGUCAUACAAACAGCAUGACAUCGGAGGGAUGGAGUAACGGAUCUACACAGACCUGUGCAUAUGGACAUAUAGACAAAUGGACAUGUGGACACAUGGCCAUAUAGACAACCGGACAUAUAGACUCAUGGACAUAUGGAAAAAUGGAGACGUGGAGCUGGUGUUGUGUACAGACUCUGACCUGUGUGGAUGAACGGUGUUUCCGGAACCUUUAUCAGAUCCUGAGUGUCUCGAUAGAAUGUGUGUUGUGUUUGUUUUUAUACUAAUUAAAACAUCUUGAUUUCUAAAUAAUGA